AUGAAUAAUAACAAUCAUAUGAACUAUAAUAAAAAUAGUAAUAUGAAUAAUAAUUAUAAUCAAAUUGAUAACUCACAAUAUAUUUACUCUCAACCAAACAUUAUGAAAUAUAACAAAAAUAAAAUAAAUAGUUUUCAAUAUAAUAACUCAUUACCAAAUAAUAAUAUGAAUAAUAAUGUGAAUAAUAUUAAAAAUUUAAAACUACAAAACUAUAUUCUUGACCUUAAAAAUAGCUGUGUCAAUAUUUAUUAA